CGGAUGGCGCUGCCGGUGCCGCUGCCGGUGCCGCUGCUGCUGCCGCUGCUGCUGCCGCCGGUCGCCGCCUUCAACCUGGAGGCGUCGCGGCCCGUGGUGUUCCGCGGGGCCCCCGGCUCCUUCUUCGGCUUCGCGCUGGACUUUUACCUGCCCGAGCCCCGCAGUGUCAGCAUCCUGGUGGGGGCCCCCAAGGCCAACACGAGCCAGCCCAACGUCACCCAGGGGGGGGCCGUGUUCCACUGCCCCUGGCCCCCCGAGGGCAGCGGCUGCGCCCCCAUCGACUUCGACCACAUCGGGACCCGCACCCACGACUUUGGGGGCAACAGCAGCGACGGCGCCGAGCCCGUGGAGUUCAAAUCCCUGCAGUGGUUCGGGGCCACCGUGAGGGCCCACAACGGCUCCAUCCUGGCCUGCGCCCCCCUGUACAGCUGGAGCCCCCCCAAGGAGGAGGGGGGGGCGCGGGAGCCCGUGGGCUCCUGCUUCCUGUCCCUGGGCAACUUCUCCAAGUUCGUGGAGUAUGCGCCCUGCCGCUCAGACCUGAACUCGGCGGCCGGGCAGGGCUAUUGCCAGGGGGGCUUCAGCGCCGAGUUCACACAGACCGGACGGGUGCUCCUGGGCGGGCCCGGCAGCUACUUCUGGCAAGGGCAGGUGAUGUCGGCCACCCAGGAGCAGAUCACGGCCGGGAACUUCCCCGAGUACCUGAUCCAGGAGGUGCCGGGACAGCUCCAGACACGGCAGGCGGAGCCCAGCCACGACGACAGCUACAUGGGCUACUCGGUGACAGUCGGGGAGUUCAGCGGUGACACCACGCAAGACUUCGUGGCCGGUGUCCCCAAGGGCAACCUCACCUACGGCUACGUCACCAUCCUCAAUGGCACCAACAUGAAGUCCCUGUACAACUUCUCGGGGGAGCAGAUGGCCUCGUACUUCGGCUACGCCGUGGCCGCCACCGACGUCAACGACGACGGCCUCACGGACCUGCUGGUGGGGGCCCCUCUGUUCAUGGCGCGCAGCAGCGGCGGCGCGGGGGGGGCGCGGGAGCUGGGCCGGGUGUACCUGUACCUGCAGCGGGGGGGGGCCCCGCCCGCCGCCCCCGCCGCCCUCACCGGCACCCACGAGUUCGGGCGCUUCGGCAGCGCCAUCGCCGCGCUGGGAGACCUGGACCGGGACGGAUACAACGACGUGGCCGUGGGGGCCCCGCUGGGGGCCGAGGGGCGCCGGGGGCUCGUGUUCAUCUUCCGGGGCGGGGGCGCGGGGCUGCGGCCCCGGCCUGCGCAGGUGCUGCGAGGGCUGGGAGGGCCCCGGGGCCAGCCCGACUUCUUCGGGGCCGCGCUGCGCGGGGCCACCGACCUGGACGGCAACGGGUACCCGGACCUCCUGGUUGGCGCCUUCGGGGCGGACGCGGCCGUGGUUUACAGGGGCCGCCCCAUUGUCCACGCCAGCGCCACCCUGGCCAUCGUCCCCUCCAUGUUCAACCCCGAGGAGCGCGGCUGCGCCCUGGCCAGCGGCCACCACGUGUCCUGCAUCAAUGUCACCUUCUGCCUCAACGCCUCCGGACGUCACCUGCCCGGGCCCAUCGGGCUGGCGCUGGAGCUCAGCGUGGACGGGGCCAAGCCGGGGGGGGCGCGGCGGGCGCUGUUCCUGGGGGGGGGCGCGGGGGGGGCGCCCCCCUCCCCCACGCGGAACCUGACCCUGGAGGUGCCCAACGGGGGGACCCCACGCUGCCGCACGCUGCCCGUGUUCCUCAGGAACGAGUCCGAGUUCCGGGACAAGCUGUCGCCCAUCCCGGUGUCGCUGAGCCUGGCCCUGGACCCGGCCGUGUCCCCUCCCCCGCCGGGGCUGUCCCCGCUGCUGUCCCCGGCCACGCGCACGCGCCUGGAGGCCAAGGCCCACAUCCAGCUGGACUGUGAGGACAACGUCUGUGUGCCCGACCUGCAGCUCGAGGCCAGCGCGGACCGCCGGGCCGUGUUCCUGGGGGACAGGAACAGCCUGAACGUGACAUUCCUGGCACGGAACGUGGGCGAGGGGGGCCUACGAGGCCGAGCUGCACCUGCGGCCCCCCCCCGGGCGCGCUCUACUCGGGGGUGCUGCGGCCCCACGGGAAUUUUCUCGGCCCUGAGCUGCGAGCUGGGGGGGGGCAACGGCUCCAGCCCCCUGGUCUGCGACCUGGGCAACCCCAUGAAGGCGGGGGCCAGCAUCUGGGGGGGGCUGCGCUUCACCCUCCCCCACCUGAGCGACAACAGCAGCAGCGUCCGCUUCGAGCUGCAGAUCCGCAGCAAGAACGCCAACAACUCCCAGAGCGCCGUGGUGCCGGUGGCGCUGGCGGUGAGGGCGGCAACGAGGGUGUCUGUGCUGGGGGUGUCCCGGCCCGACGUUGUCACCGUCCCCGAGGGGGGGUGGGGACCCGACCCCCCCCGGCGGCUGCAGGACCUGGGGCCACCCGUGGAGCACGUCUACGAGGUGGUGAACGAGGGUCCCGGUGCCAUCAGCCAGGGCACGCUGGAGCUCAGCUGUCCCCUGGGCCACCGCGGCCACCCCCUGCUCUACGUCACCGGGCACGAGGGGCUGCACAACUGCACGGCCAGCCACGGCAGCGACCCCCUCGGGCUGGGCUGUCCCGAGGCCGAGUGUUUCCGCCUGAGCUGCCCCUCGGGGGCGCUGGAGCGGCAGCAGCGCGUGAGCCUGCGCCUGAGCUUCCGCCUGAGGAGCCCCCGCCCGGGACAGCGGGAGCCGUGGCCGCUGUCCCUGCGCUGUGACGCCGAGUUCCGCGUGCUGCAGCUGCCGUACCGGGUGCUGCCCGACAGCUACCCCCGCCACCGGCUGCAGGUGGUGACCGCGCUGUCGCGGGCGCGCCCCGAGGCGGGCGGGGGGGUCCCGGUGUGGGUGGUGGUCCUGGCCGUGCUCCUGGGGCUGCUCCUGCUCGGCCUCCUCUGCUACGGCCUCUACAAGCUGGGAUUCUUCAAGCGCUCGGGGCCCUACGGCACCGCCAUGGAGAAGGCGCAGCUCAAACCCCAGGCGGCCUCCGAGGCCUGA